CAUUCAAGAAAUAUCGACGAGAAAAUCGACGGCAAAAUGGCAAAAAGUUUCAUUGCACUUUCUAUGGCUGUUUUAGCUGUAUCCAUUUCUUCCCUUCCUACGCCAAAGAAGUUAUCAAAGUUUUCACUUGACGAUGCCGAAGUGUAUUUAGAAAAGUUUUACGACUAUCAUUUGCCAUCAAAUGAAGCAAAUUCUUAUAGAAAGAAUCCGCUAAAAGAUGAAAAUUUUAUUGCUGCGUUAAAAGAAAUGCAAAGAUUUGCUGGUUUACAACAGACUGGCAAAUUGGAUGAUGAAACAAUUGAUAAAAUAAAGAACGGUAAAAGAUGUGGUUUACCUGACAAACAAUCUAAAAAGUCACUGCUUAAUUAUUCUCUGCAUAGUGAAAAAUGGAAUAAGAAACAUCUUACAUACUAUAUUCGUCCAAAUCAGAUGCCCUCCAAAAUGACAAAAACGGAAGUUCAUGAAACAAUUGCAAGAGCUUUAAAAGUCUGGUCUGAUGUUACUGAGUUAACUUUUGAAGAAAAGUUCAAUAUACCACUAUCGGAGGAGUACAAAGUAGAUCUUGUUAUCUUCUUUGCAAAAAGACAACACGGUGAUGAAAAUCCUUUUGAUGGACCAAGUAAUGUUUUAGCUCACGCGUUCUUGCCAAGCCAAUUCUCGAAACUUUCAGGUGAUGCCCACUUCGAUAAUGAUGAAGAAUUCACUUAUAAAAGUUUCGAUGGAAUAAAUCUCUUUCAAGUCGCGGCCCAUGAAUUUGGACACAGUUUAGGGCUGGAACAUAGUGAUAAUCAAAAUGCAUUAAUGGCACCCUAUUUUAACGGUUAUCAAUCUGAUUUUAAAUUACAUAGUGACGAUAUAGCAGGAAUUCAAGCUUUAUACGGUGAGAAGAAAGUAGACGCAACUACUAAACCUAGUAUUGAAACCACUACAGCACCCUCCUCAACUGUCUCUUUAAAAACUGCAAAGGAAGGUGAGAGCACUGACAUGCCAUGUACCUGUCCGACUCAAGUUCCAUCUACUAUUGAACCGGUAACACCUGAAGCACCAGACACGCCAGCAGAUGUUUGUCAAGACGCUAAAAUUGAUACGAUCUUGCAAGCUUAUGAUGACUCUAUAUAUGCAUUUAAAGGAAAUUAUUAUUGGACAAUAUCUGUCUAUUACUUCGAAAAUCCGAAAAAGAUCUCAGACAACUGGAAAGGCUUACCAGGAAAUCUAGACGCCUCAUUUUAUUAUGAGAAAACAGAUACAACCUAUUUCUUUAAAGGUGAUAAAUUCUGGGAGUUCGAAGGAUUCAAUAUGAAGCCAGACUCACCUAAGAUUAUUGGAUCUGACGACUUCCUUGGAAUUCCAAAUAACGUCGACGCAGCCUUCAUAUAUUCCGAAGAUGAUCAUUUGUACUUUAUUAAGGACAAUAACAUUUAUAAAUAUUUAUUCAAAAGAGGAAAAGUUGCAAACAACUAUCCUAAACGUCUUACUGAUUGGAGGGGUCUUCCCGAAAAGGUUGACGCCGUUUUCCAGUUAAACUCUGGCUAUCAUUACUUUUUUACAAAUCAAGAAUACUACAGAUUCGAUGAAAACAAAUUCCGUACACAGCCCUGGUUCGCAAGAGAUACAGGAUCCUGGUGGUUCGGCUGUUAA